CAGUCCCCCCUCCCCGAUUAGUUGCCUCCUGAAUGCUGUAAUUAUGGGUCUGUAACCACCCUGGACGGGGUGCUCCUCACAGACAGGACUCGUCUGAACCUCUCUUUGUCCCCAGUGCCCAGCGCCGAGCCUGGCAAAACCAGAGAUGCCUGGUCCAUGUUGGCUGAAUGAAUGAACCGGAUUCAGGCCGGCGGGGGCGCUGAGAGGCUGUCGGCGGCCCGCUGGGUGCGGGGUGGACCCCGCUGAGAGGCGCGAGAGUGAGGUCUGGGCCGCGUAGGCCCACGGGAGCCACAGCAGCAUGAACGACGUGGCCAUCGUGAAGGAGGGCUGGCUCCACAAGCGAGGUGAGUACAUCAAGACCUGGAGGCCGCGUUACUUCCUCCUAAAGAACGAUGGCACCUUCAUCGGCUACAAGGAGCGGCCGCAGGACCUGGAGCAGCGAGAGUCGCCCCUCAACAACUUCUCCGUGGCCCAAUGCCAGCUGAUGAAGACAGAGCGGCCGCGGCCCAACACCUUCAUUAUCCGCUGCCUGCAGUGGACCACAGUCAUCGAGCGCACGUUCCACGUGGAGACUCCCGAGGAGCGGGAGGAGUGGACCACCGCCAUCCAGACGGUGGCCGACGGGCUCAAGAGGCAGGAGGAGGAGACGAUGGACUUCCGGUCGGGCUCGCCCGGCGAGAGCUCGGGGGCCGAGGAGAUGGAGGUGUCGCUGGCCAAGCCCAAGCACCGCGUGACCAUGAAUGAGUUUGAGUACCUGAAGCUGCUGGGCAAAGGCACCUUUGGGAAGGUGAUCCUCGUGAAGGAGAAGGCCACAGGCCGCUACUAUGCCAUGAAGAUCCUGAAGAAGGAGGUCAUCGUGGCUAAGGACGAGGUGGCCCACACGCUCACGGAGAACCGCGUUCUCCAGAACUCCCGGCACCCGUUCCUGACGGCCCUGAAGUACUCCUUCCAGACCCACGACCGCCUGUGCUUCGUCAUGGAGUACGCCAACGGGGGCGAGCUCUUCUUCCACCUGUCCCGGGAGCGGGUGUUUCCUGAGGACCGGGCCCGCUUCUACGGCGCGGAGAUCGUGUCGGCCCUGGAUUACCUGCACUCGGAGAAGAACGUGGUGUACAGGGACCUCAAGCUGGAGAACCUCAUGCUGGACAAGGACGGGCACAUCAAGAUCACCGACUUUGGACUGUGCAAGGAGGGCAUCAAGGACGGCGCCACCAUGAAGACUUUCUGCGGGACCCCUGAGUACCUGGCCCCUGAGGUGCUGGAGGACAACGACUACGGCCGGGCGGUGGACUGGUGGGGGCUGGGCGUGGUCAUGUACGAGAUGAUGUGCGGCCGCCUGCCCUUCUACAACCAGGACCACGAGAAGCUCUUCGAGCUCAUCCUCAUGGAGGAGAUCCGCUUCCCCCGCACACUCAGCCCGGAGGCCAAGUCCCUGCUCUCGGGGCUUCUCAAGAAGGACCCCAAGCAGCGGCUUGGUGGGGGCUCUGAGGACGCCAAGGAGAUCAUGCAGCACCGAUUCUUCGCCAGCAUCGUGUGGCAGGAUGUGUACGAGAAGAAGCUCAGCCCGCCCUUCAAGCCUCAGGUCACAUCUGAGACGGACACCAGGUAUUUUGACGAGGAGUUCACGGCCCAGAUGAUCACCAUCACGCCACCUGACCAAGACGACAGCAUGGAGGGGCUGGACAGUGAGCGGAGGCCCCACUUCCCCCAGUUCUCCUACUCGGCCAGCGGCACGGCCUGAGGGGCCUGCCCGGCCGAGCUCAGGACACCGCCUCGGGCAGCCACGUGCUCCAGACGACGCUUCGGAGGAUUGGGAGGAAGCCUCACAUGGAGGAUCUGUAUUUAAUGUUUUUUAUUUCUGGAUGUGUUUGGAUGGAACCACAGCCACCCUCCAACACGGAUGGGGAGGUGCCCCAUGCUGUGGGCAGGGCCGCCCGCACUGGGGGCAGAGUGCCCCUGGCUGGCCAGCUCUGGAGGAAGACGUCCUGCGGUUUCUCUUAAUUUAUUCAUCCAGUUCUCCAGACGCGGCCUCGGCCUUCGGAACAAUUAGAUUCCUGUAGGAAAACGAGGACUUCUGCAGCCGCGUGCACAUGGGUCGCCGUGGGCCCUGCGUGUGGCCCCUCUGUCCAUCCGUCCGGCCAGCUGUCCCUGGCUGCCUGUCUCCCCCAGCCCCACAGCCCUGGAAGCUGUCUGACUGUGGGGUGCUGGCCCAGCCCCCUUCUCGCUCCGGGAGGGGCUGAGUGGAGGCUGCAGGAGGGCGGCCCCCAGGAUCGGGCCGGCUGGGGCUCUGGCGAGAUAGAGGGGCCGGGUGCCACCUGUUGCUGUCUGUGCGUCCUGGGGUUUCUGAUCUCAGGAGAAAGCCCUCCCUGCGCCCCUUUCCCACUGGGACCGUCUUCCCGAUGGCUCCCCUGGUAGCACUUGUCCUUCUAGAAGCUUCACUCCCGCUGUCGCCCCGGCCCCGCCUGACCCCCUCUGCAGGGGCCAUCGCUGCACCCAGUACGCCUCCCGGCCAGACGCUGCGCUGCACCAAGGCGUUUUUUUAUACUCAACUUUAGUAUUUUUACUAUUAUGAGACUUUCCCUCCAAAUUCUUCAAUAAAAAUUGCUUUUCGA